AUGCAGACGAAAUGUGGCCACAGAUGCUGCAAAACGUGCCUUGACGAACACUUCAAAAGGUUUGCAUUUCUUAUUUACGCGAAAUGACUACUGUCCAUAUCAUUAGGUAGUGUGUAUGUCUGUGAGCAGAUCCAUUCUUUCUCGAGUUAUGUUUGGUUCUGAGUGGAGUUUUUGAGUUGCUUAUACUGCCUCUCAAUUCCAAUUCACUUCAGGUGACUCUGAUACAUGAAGGGUUAUCCUCCUUCUUUAAAUUUACUACUGAAUCAGGCAUUGUGCAAAGGUUUUGUAGAAUAACAAAACAUUUAUAAAAUGUAUAGAAAACGAAGACAACGUUUCCAAGCGUUCUAGAAUUAAAGAAAAAUCGAUCAAAACUUUACGGAGCUAAUUCACGAUCAGCCAUGUUGGUCAAGGCAAGUGACCCAUCUAUCCUUAUAUUAGUUUUAUUAGACAAAGAAGUAGGACAAAUACAAUCACAACUUUCAUUAAAAAUAUGCCUUGGUCAUUCGAUCUAUCUGGAGAAUCUAAGCCUUCUCUAAAUUUAGUCAUUGAGCAGGAGGGUUGCUGAAACUUCUUUGAUAAUGACGUCUUAAUUUUCGGUAGAUCUCAGUAAUUUAAAUGAUUGUGUAUUAAACGCGAGUCUUUCAUCGUGUGCUGUCUUAAAAAAUACACUUCCUUUACGCUUCUCAGAAAAGCGGAUUCGAAUUAUUUAUUUACCUUUCGCAUAAUAAUAGGAUAAUUGGACACGCUUCAUUAUCUCCUUUUUCUUAGAAGUACAGUACGUUUCUAAGAAAAUUUGUCAGUAAGAUUACACGUUGUUGCCAAGUUUCUGGCCAAAAAGAAUUUACCCCAGUUUCUUUCCUUAUUUCUUUUUAUUUUUCCGUUGGUCUUUAUGAUUUUUUAUCUUUUGCCGUAAAACGAAACAUUCUGAAAACAAAACGAAACGAACAGCACAGAUGCAAAUUCGGAUGGGGUUAGUGUCCUUAAUGGUCAAAAGACUGCCGAGGACGAAGAGUUUUAUUGACGCGAGGAAUCUGAGCGUUUCACUACAACAAGUAAAGAUAAUUAUAAAAAUCCUAAGAAGCCCUCUGUAUUUCUGAGAGACUGUAAAUACAAUAUGAACGUGACCAUCUAGACAAAGGUUUUUUUCUUCACACUUCUUCAUCAUGAAACAGUCCACGCAAGUAAAAUCGGUUUUAAAAGCACAAAACAAAAUUUCAAGACUUCACUCUAGGGGUGCUUUGUAUACUUUUGUCGAAUCCUAACAACGACAUGAAUGAAACAUCAACGAAAAAAUUGGGAAUACAAAUUCCUAUUCAAAAGAUUUAAACAAUUUGUUUGCCAGUAGAUCCUAAGUUGUAAGACUCUUCGCAUCGUUGAUGAAGUUUUCGAAGUUUCUGAAGGUUUGUUUUUGUCAAAAAACAUUUCCAUUUUUUGUUUCUGUUAAAACAUGUAUUUUCAUCGUGAUAAAACUGAAUGUUCUGGAGCAUUGAAGGCGAGUUACAUCUUAAAAGCCCUAUAAGGUGGUGUACCGAAGAGGCAACUCUUCUUUCAAUUUAUAUGCUCCUCUUCCUGUUUUUAUUUAGUAACAAAAUAGUUUCAUAUGGGAUAUUCAAGCUAUGCUUUUCCUUGUCUCAGAGGUUUUUCUUGAACAUUUUUACCCGUGAGAGAGGACAACUGCACCAGGCCGCAGCGCCGAAAACGAUUCGGUGAGGAAGAGAAAUACCCCAGUUUCUUUUGGAAUUGAAGUCUCACUCCCACGCAAGCAAUAGGGUCAGAAUCUGACCCUAGGGUGCUGAUUGGUUGAAAUUUUUACAACCACCCAAAUUAAUUUGAUUAUUUCGUAUAAUUUGAACUACCGAGAGGAAGGGUGAGGCGUCAGGAUUCGUGAAGACAGGGCCGUAAACCGCUCUGAAGAGCGGUUUUUGUAGCAAUGCGGUUCACUGGUUUCGUGUGGACGAGCGGCAGUUUCGUCAAAAAAGUAUGCGGUAUCAAAAACACCCGUUUUCGUGUGUACGUAGCCUUAGAGGAAAAUUUGAACUUGGUACUCGAGAAUCUAUUUGCUCGCAGUCUUGAGUCGAAAGGUUGUGGUUGCCGUACUGUCCUGACAUAAGUAGUCAAUAAUAUUUCACUUGCUGUGGCCCCUGGACAUGCCACUACUGGGCAUCCAAAAUAGACUUUUAUCUUAAUGCAUACGCCACUUGUACAUCUACAAUAAUGCACCUUAUUUGUGCGCCCAAAAUUUUGCAUAAGCAUUGUUUUCAGUUUCUCUUGGGACGGUUGUAAUACCGAGGAGGAAUGAAAAACAAAGGUUAUGCAAAAUUUUAAGGAGCAAAUAAGAUGCAUUAUGGGAGAUGUGCAAGUGGCGUAUUCUCAAGGAAAAUGCCUUUUAAAUGGAUAGUUCGUGCUUCAAUGAGAUAACCUAUUUGUGUGUGCAUUUUCACUUUUAUUGAAAUCCUAAAUCGAUUAUUUAAACUAAAACUAAAAUUGAUUCAGUAUCAGUUUCCUACAUUCCAGUAAAGGCCACAUAGCCCUUUUUUUUCAGCUGUUUUCUUUUUCGUAUUUGAACAGGCUAGACCAAAACAUGCAACCGUGGAAUUGUCCUGUGGACCGAAACUGGCUGCAACAAAAUGUAGGUAUCGCUUGGUACUACAGGGUGUUUUAAAAGUUCGUUCCCAUUGGUUGAUUCCGAGUUUUGCUUCGCUUAAGUUUCGUUGAUUACUAAAACUAACCAUUGUAAAAUUACGAAUGGUAUUUCUUAUUUAUUUUUCAUUGAAUAGCAAAUAUAUUAGCCGCCAGGAUAGCCUCCUUUAUUUUUUGGGACAUUUAUUAUGAGGAAGUGUAUAGAAUGUGCGAGCUUCGUAAGCGUGUCUUAAGUUGCCUUUUUCCAGGAGAAGUGCAGUCGCUUUCUCAGCCGGUCCAGUGUUUUGGGGGCUAGAUCUUUGUACGUUCUCUCGUCAAAGACACUCCACCUGUUUUAAGAUCAGGUGAGUUUGCUGUACAGUCGUCCUUUUGUAUAAAGUUUGGCAAUUUCGUGUAAGACCGUGUCUGAGACGCUUCUGAAUCGAAGUGUGCGCCGCUUCUUUAGCUUGAAGGCUUUCCAGCAAUUGUUGGUCAUAUAUCUUCAUACCGUUGUGCUCGAAACUUUGAUGUUGUGAAGUUAAAAUUUUUUAGCAAUCUCUCUCGUUGAAUUAUUAUUCUUAUCACUAGCUUUUCCGAUUCAAUUUCUCGCAAAGUUCGUCAAAACUAACGGCUGUGCACUCCUUGGUUUGUCUUCUUAAGUCUCUUUUUGACCACUUGUUAACCCUUCGUUCGGUCUUUUUUUAAGGAUUUGGUAAUUUCUUUGACUGAAUGCGGGCCAGAUGACAGUAAAAAAUCUUCCUGAGCUCUAGCACAAACAGUUUCAGCCUUCAUUUAAGUGAAAGAGCAGUGAGAAUAAAAGAAAACGGCAAUAAUAAUGGAAAAAAAGAACCUUCAGAAUGGCGAGGGAAAAGCACGCGCGCGUGAGCAUUAAUGGCGCAAAAUUUCAGAAACAUAAUUAUUUCUUCAAAUUUUAGUUUGAAAUUGCUUUGAACAGUUAUCUAGAUAAAUUUCUUAACUGAAUGAAUUUAAAUUUGGCUGAAGAAGCAUUAAAUGCUGUAUACAAAAUGCAAUUUUCAAUUGGAACGAACUUUCGAAACACCCUGUAUAGUAGAAGAAAAUUAAAAUAAAAAAUAUACUUAACUAAUUGUUUGUAAUAAACCAAACCUUAAAAAGGCCGCUGUCAUCACUGAGUUUACCAAAAUGUCAAGUGACACAGUUUUCACCCACGAAGAAGGGUCCUUUUGAUUUUAUCUCUAUGAGGAAAAAAAAACGCGACAAAAAAAUUAAUUACUUUCGAUUACAUGCACAUAAUAAAGCAACGCGCUCUUUGGCGAAAACUUGGGCAGUCUUUGUUGAUUGGAACUAUACAAAUACCCCUUAAUUUAUACCUAACGGCUAAUUGACCGAAGAAGUGUACUGUAGCUAGAUGAUAAUAAGGAUUAGUAUAGCGCUAUUAAGAGUCUGCAGAUCUAGCUGUUGGAAGAAAGCUGUAGGAUAGGGAAAAUAGGGGACGAAUGAACUAAUGACCAACGGCCAAGUGCUUUUAAUUUUUAGUAAUCGUUCAAUCAGGCAUUAGCAACUGACCCCUCCUUUGCGAAAACUGUGGCCAUCAUAUGCUUGAGGAUCAAGCGCAAGAAGGCAUAACUGCUGAGAGGCAGAGACUAUGAGGGACAGAGCGUAUCCGUUUAUGGAAGUCAAGAAGCUGAGAAUAAAAACAGAUGGGGCAGAUGCGAUGGUUGCUACGGGCUUGCAUAUAACACAUACUCGCGCGGCCAAACUGGAUGGUUUUGGACAUUUUAAGGAGUAAAGCGACAUACUGGUGACGCUUUGAGAGUGGAUUUAAAUUGCAGAUCCAGUAAAGUGAGGUGGGAGGUAAAUAUGAAGACAUUUGUCUGAGAAACCGUUCACCACAGCCGAGCAAAAAAAUGUGUGCAGCAAUCUUGGCAGUCCAGAUUAUUGGGUGGUUGUACGAACACAUUUCUGUGAAGCAGCUGAUGAGAUUGUUCUCCAAGAAAAUGUAAGAUGCCUUUUAGCUUUUCUUGAGCUUUAAUGUAUCGUUCAUGCAAGGAGUUGUCGAGACUCAAUCAUGGAGAAGCCAAACAGCAGCCAAGUAUAGACUAGGAUAGAUCGAGGUCUCAGGCGGUGAGCGGAAAACAUUAUUUUAUGUUUAAGUUUAAUAAUACUUGACCAUCCAUACAAUAAAAAUAAUAAAAAGGUACAGUAAAAGAUGGCAGGAUAGCGGCAAAGGGAAACCGACUUCCAAUUCUCCUUUCAUAAACAUGAACGCAUUCAAAAAAAAACUUAGGCUAAUAUACUACAAAGAUAACAAGAUAAAUCUAUUUACAAGAUAACAUAAGGAAUAAAAUAAUAAUUAUAAAAAUAAAAUAGAAUUGAUAAAAAUAUAGUAAGUAGAGGGUAUGGCUAAUAAUAUAACUUUCACCGCAAAUAUCUUAAAAGAGAGAUGAAGAAUUAGGGCUAGAUUCACAAUAACAUUAGAAGGCGAGAAUUCCAAUCGCGGACGUAACGAUUAAAAAAACUACUGAAAAUAAUUAGUACGAAAGGGCUGUUCGUGAUGGACCUAUCACGUCAUAAAAUUUGGAGGCGUCCACGUCGCAAUACCCAAAUAAAAUCGUGUAAAUUUUGGACCAGGCUUAGAUAUUUAGGCCUCAGCUCUAAGGAAUCCGAUUUUAACUCCCCUAAUCCUUCUGUGUACUCCUUUUCACUCCCGCAAAUUAGACGCGAAGCUCUCCUCUGCACAGAUUCAAUCGCAUAGAUGUCCUUAACCAGAUAAGGAUUCCAUACGGCGCAAGCAUACUCUAAAAUCGGUCUCACUAGAACAUUAAGAGCUGUGUCUAUACUGACAGGAUUCCCGAGACCCAAAGGUUCAUUCAUGCAGUGUGUAUUGUGAGGCAGGCGUCGAGGCUUGUAGAUGGUACUCAUCGGGGCAGAAUUCCAGGAACUAGCGUUGUGGAGCACUGAGGGUUCGUUGAGUCGAGAUGGCUAAGAAAUCUGCAUGUUGACUUUCAUCCGAAGCAUUCAGGGGAUCUCUCGAUGCACUGGGGUUGGAAGUCGGUCGGAUGCUAGGAACAAAGACAUGAACGCGGUAGAUCUUCAAACGAGAAAAAGCAUCAGCAGGAUUGUUCUCAGAGAACGCCCGGGAGUUAGAUGACUGAUAUUUAAAGGCUAUGGUGCCCAUGCACAAAUGAAGAAUUUACAAAAAGCUUGGGUCAUAACGUGGAGGCUUCAGCUACAGUCUCUCUGGCGAAACAAAGAUGCGCCUGUUUGCGAGUCCUGGAGCCCAUGCAGUGAGGGCAGCGAACGGGAAACAGUUUUUUGAACGCGAUUGACCUGCGAGUAUAGAUGCUAUAAAUGCUACAAAACGUGCUGUAGAGGCACACCCCUCGACUAUAAGCCCCAAAUGCGAGUUGGCUCGCGUCGGUAAGGAAUUCAAUGAGAUCAUUACCACACCUGCCGUCCAGUAGUCGUCAGCGAAAAAGCUCUUGCCAUUCCAAGUCCGAGGAAAGGCUCUCUACCACUGUAGAUCGUUUUGAAAUCACUGAAGAGCUGUAGAUGAUGAUGGGGUGGCGAACUUUGGAAAGGAAAAGAAGGACUUAUAACAUUCGAUAACAGAAGGGCCGCUCGGGGCGACAAACAGGACAUAAAAGGUUCAGUUUGCCUUGCAAUGACUGGAUUUCUUGAGUACGUUGUUCCACAAUUUUGGGCAAACAGUCGACGUUCAUUUUAGCGAUAUACAGUACUCUACUUGGAAUCCAGUUCUAUGUCUGAGAGGGUGAGCCGGUUGACGGGUACUUGGAGUUUGUUGGGGUUGAGCGUGAAGUUGAGCAGCUGCCUUUCAAGACCGUGAUAUUGAGAUUAUAUGCUGAUAACUAGAGCUUGGAGGGAAGGGCAGUGCCGCAUGUGAAAAAGUCGUCGAGAGUCAACACUAUGAAGGAGCCUAUAUAUUCCCCAUUACAAAAGCAAGGCAAAGAAACUGGCCCGGAGGUGUUUUCCGACGGCCUAAACAGUUUGGUCCGGGAGAAACAAACUAGUGCUGCCCGUGGGCAAUGUGGCAGCUUUCUUCAUGUUUGUUUUUUUCUUCCCUACCCAUAAAAUAGCCAUUAAAGGUGGUCAUCGCCAGAGAUUGUUAUGUCUUUAACGAUAUUUCUUAACGUACCACUACUGUCGAUUCGGUGAAAGUGUUGUCAGACGGGGCCUGUUUUUUCGUCUUUAUCAGAGACGAACAGAAGGUUCAACCAUUUGCAGACGUCAGGGAAAAUUCUUGUCGAGCAUUUUUCCGACUUUGAGUGAUGGAGCGGUCAGGAAUCAAACCGGCCCUACCGCUUAUCAGAAGUCUGGUAUCCAACCCCGUGUAAAAAAGUCAGAGUAAUUGUAUUGCAGCUUAGAGGUAAGGCAAGGAGUUGGGGUCACUUUUCAUGAUGAGCUUUCAAACUCUUGGUGUCUUUAUUAAGUAUUCUCUUGCCUUCCUUCUUCCGUAAUAAAUGAUAGAUCCUUUGAAAAUACCUGAUUGAUAUUAAAUGACGUUGAUUGUUAUUAAAUUUUCGGGAACAAAGGAACGUGUAAUCUAGAUGUGAGAAAUUAAGUUCAAAUUGAAUUGAAAUAAACUUAAGUUAACUUAAAUAAAAUCAAGUUAAACCAAUAUAAAUCUGUGUGACGCUGUCGUUGACCACCUCCCAUUCCCAACAAAAGUGGCGACCAUGCCAAGACGAAGAGAACAACAAUUGAGAGCGCGGAGAAAGCAAUUGAACUAUCAUUACUAAGCCUUGUGGGGUUCAAAAAUGAGGAGGAACACCAAGUGGCUAAAACUGGUGUCCUAACGCCACAACAGAGAAACGGUGCCAACUUAUUCAACGAACAUUUAGCCAAUAUAUCUUCCUCAGUCCGGCUCCACCCCAAUAAGAUAUUAUUGCUGGUGAUAUAAACACCAAGCUUCCAUCUGGCAGAUAUUACUGCUUCACCCCCUGUUUAAGGAGGUUUUGUCAGAACUAGUCUCCAGGAGGCAUCUUCUGGCAAGAAUACCGGGAUUGACGACCUUAGAAGCUAACAACAUCGGCUAAAUUGACUUACCGGCAUCACUGCAACCGGUUUAUCUCUCUUUAUAAAUGGCCUUAAGGUGAUUCCCUAGUUUUGCACUGCGCAUCUCUUACUGCGCAUAACAAGAUGGCCGCCGUAAAAAAGAGUAUGUGAAGUAAUAUUAUUAAAAUGAAGUUGACUGAAGAGAAACGCUAUUGGAAUUUUUGCUUGCUGUUGUUUCUUGCCGAGGUGAGACUCAAUGUGUUGGGAAUGUGCAUAACGUAAGCAGUACGCGUGUUGCUGAGUUCGACCUCCUCUCGGAGAACCUCGAUAGUGGAUGUUUAACUUGUGCUUACUCACUUUGAUUUUCAUUUAAACACUUUCUUUAUCACAUUGUGUCCUAAAUGUGAUAUCUCGAUGUAAAUUCUGUAAAAACGGAUUUUUUAAUACUUUCUUCCCCCUUUCACAUACAUUCUAUUUUGAAACUCGCCCCAGUCCUCUCUCAAAAAUCGGAGGAAAUGCGUCUGGUGCGCACUUUCUGCAGCUCUACCGCAAAAACGAGUACGGUGACCCCCAUUUUUUAUUUCAUGAUUUUGAUAAGGACAGUGCUUCCUUUCGAUGAGAAAAAAAUUGGCGCAAAUCUAUGUUCAGUUUUUUGGCAAUUUUACUAAAUGUACGGAUUGAGCCAUCACGGGUCGAAAAGCGCGCGUCCAAUUUAAUUCUACUUUGGAGCGCAAAGUAAAAACAAGGGCAUUAAAAGGCAUUUUUCUGGUACGUAAGUGGAUAAACAAUACAUUAAAGUCAAAUUCUGUGUGAUGUCACGUGCAUCAUCGAAAAAAUCUCUCCUUUUUGUCUAGUUUUGCGCUGCCCGCGGUUUUUGUAAAAGGGUCCUAAAUAGCCGUAUUUGUCAGCAUUGUGACGUCAAAACGAGCACGGUGACCCCCACUUUUUAUUACUUUUUUAUCAUCUUCUUGACUUGUUACAUCAGUGUACCAAGUUUUAGCUAAAAUCUAUGUUAGGUUCUUUUACUAUGGAAUCACCUUAAAUCGGCUUAGGGACCAUACAAGGGAAAAAAGACACUAUAAGUUAAGUGAGGUUAGCCGAUUUUUAUUUUAAGUCCCUUUUACACUCGUAGGCUACAGACACAAUCGUUUUCCCCAAACAAAUCCUUAUAGUUCGAAGGUUAAGCAACAAUGCCCAUACUCAUAUUUCGAGCUUGGGAUACCUGUCGUAAGCCCAGUGGUAAUUUUGUAAAAAUUGGUCAAAAAGGGUAACGAAUGAAUGAAAUUCAUUUCUUUGUUUUAGGAGAUUUUUGCUGACAAAGCAACAGAAAGAAAGAUUCUUUCCUUCGAGAUAAGGUGUUCAAGUGAGGGUUGUCGGUGGACCGGCGAACUGAGGUCCAAAGAUGUAAGUAGCGUUCCUUGUGGAUGUUUCUUUUAGGGUGGGUGAACACUAGUUGGAUAGGUUUCGAGUGGCUACCACUCAUUGGGGUGUUAUUUAAGUCGUUGCAGGUAUAGUAUAGAGCUAAUUUUUUUGCACGGACAAAAUAUGUUUAUAAAACGUUAAGAUGAUUUUAUGUGAUUGUAAACCUACAGAGAAUUGCAAUUUUCUUUGUACACGCAGUUUGCCGGUAACUGGCUGUAAAUCACUUGCAGUCAAACAGAUAACCAAAAAAGAAUCGAAAACGACCACAAAAACAGCUUUUAAUAAGCUGGAUAUAAACAAAGACAUAAAAUCUGCCUGAAACUUUUAAUUCGAGACCGUACGCCGUCUACUUUGUGACCCAUAUGUUAGAUACAUUAGCACUACAUCCAUUUAAUAUAUCAAAAAAAAUAAAAUGAAAUAAAUAAACAAACGAAAUCUCAACAAUAAUUCAUAAUGUUACUUACUUUCCUCCGAUCGUUUGUUCUUGAAGAGUCACUUGA